AUGCGCGCUUCUGGCUUCGCGGUCUUAGCUGCGGCCACCACCGCCGGUGCCGCGCGGUUUGCCAUGUACUUUGACGAAUGGCACAAGACGACUCUUCCUUCCAAAGAGCAAACGGCCGGCGUAAACUACGUCAUCACGGCCUAUGCCAUGUCGGAUGUCUUCACCAAUGGCACCGACUACGCUCCCUUUAUGCCGCUGGACCAGAUCCGUGCACUUUUCGACCAGGGCACAAAGGUAUGCAUGUCCAUUGGUGGAGGCGGGGACAAGACGGGCGGCUUCAGCGCCGCCAUUGCCUCGGAUGAGGCCCGUGGGAACUUUGCCAAGAAUAUCGCAUCGACUGCUGAUAAGCUGGGCUUCGACUGCGUCGAUAUCAACUGGAAGUUCCCCGGCGGCCUCGGCGAGGAGGAGAGGAAGGGAGAGGUCGAGGCUUACCCCAAGCUCCUAUCUGACGUCAAGGGUGCUCUCGGCCAAAAGGAGCUGUCCAUCGCGGUGCCCGGCAAUCAAAACGAAAUGACGGCCUUUACUUCGGAGCAGUGCCCCAACAUUGCAAAGUCGGUCGACUUCGCCAACGUGGUGUCUUACGGCUUGCAGGAUCCAAGCCGCAACGAGACCAACCACCACAGCUCCGUCGAAGACUCGAAAAGCAGCGUCGACAGGUACACCCAGUGUGGUAUUCCGGCUGAUAAGCUGAACCUGGGCAUCGCCUUUUUCGCCAAAUUCAAGAAAACCGUCGGCACGUGCCAGGGGCCCCUCGGGUGCCCCAUCGAGGAUGCCGGGGGCAAAGACCCGGAGAAGGCGGGCGACGUCACCUUCGAGGCCGAGAACUUGAACGGCACCACCGAGCUGUCCAAGGCCAUGGAGAAUGGCCAGGCCGACAACGACCGGGGCGGCCAGUGGUGGUGGAAUCCCGACACCAGCAAGUUCUGGACCUGGGACACGCCCGAGUUCAUCGCAAAGAAGUGUGGCGAGAUAGUCAAGGGGAAGCAGCUCGGCGGCGCCUUUGCCUGGAGCUUGGGAGAGGAUAGCAAAGACGGGAGCCACCUCAAGGCCCUGCAGGAUUGCUUCAAGGCCCAGUAG